AUGAAUACAUAUUGAAUGUUGCAGCCCAAUUUGUAUCCGACGGUGGGGCUUCAAACCCCGGGCGAGGUGGUAGACACCAACUUCGGGCAGCAGCCGUUUGUGUUCGACAUCGAGGACAUGCUGCGUGAGCUGCGCGCGCGCACGCGGCUCGCCAUCGACGAGUUCCCGCUGCCCGACGAGCAGGGGCAGUGGCAGCAGGUGUUGCACAGAAUGGUAUCGACGUACUUGGUACAUCAUGGGUAUUGCAGCACCGCGCAGGCGUUCUCGCGCGCCACCGGGCAGCCCAUUGACGAGGAUAUAGCAUCUAUUAAAAAUAGACAAAGGGUGUCGAAGCUGGUGCUGGCGGGGCGCAUCGGCGAGGCCAUCGAGCUGACGCGGCGCCUCUACCCCGCGCUGCUCGAGCGCGACGCCGAGCUGCUGUUCCUGCUCAAGUGCCGCCAGUUCGUCGAGAUGGUCAACGGAUCGGAUUCCGAGGUGUGUGGCGACAAGGCCAACGGCGCCAGCAACGGCGUCGCCACCUCCGUCAUCUCACACACCAGCCGCGCGCCGCAUCUGCGCCAUCAGCCCAAUGGUGUGGCUGGUGGGUCUGAAGAUGGCGAGCCGCGCGACGUGGACAUGUCGCCCGCGCCGCCCGCCGCGCACGCCGCCGCGAGCCCCGCGCCGCACGCCGCGCCGCACGCCGCGCCGCACACCGCGCCGCACGCCGCGCCCAACGCCGAGCCGCACCCGCCGCCAACGGCGACCAUCAAG